CUCCUGACCACACAAGAACAAACAUCUGAUUCUGUCGCUGCUCAGAAAAUGGCCCGAUUCCCCAGACUCUUUGGCGCUGCCGCACUCAUGAACCUUACACUGCUUGCCCACUGCCGCCCACUCACUGACAGUGCCCCCGUGAACUCUUCUGCUCCUUCAUGGGCGGAGUGGUCUGAACCUCGAGCGACAUCUUCCUAUACGAGUAGACCAUCAUCAUCCACUUCCAACAUUCCCAUCCCCAAUCCCAAUCCCAAUCCCACCGUCAAUCCCUCCAAUGGAUCGUGUACUUCGUACAACAGCACCCCAGCCUACACCAACACCCCCGAGACGUUGGAUGACGCGUUCACGAUCGAAUACUUUCCAGAUUAUGACUUCACCUCCAACAGCCCUGAACCGGAAGACCCGUCUCUUCCCGACCCAGACGGAAAACUGAUGGAGCGAAUGGCCGAAGACGAAGCCGAUCUUCCAGCGUACCUCAGAUUCGUCAACGGCACAUCGUCCUCGGACAAGCUAGUGACGAACGUCGAUGAUGUUCUCCAGAACGCGGGAAUGACGUCGUCGAACAGUGCCAUCGCAGGCGCCCUCCUCUACUCUUUGAACGGGGCCGUGACUGCGACUUCGGGGACGUCGCCGACAUUCACGUCCACGAAAAACGUGACCGUCUCCGAGCGAGACAUGACCGUGUUCCUGGAGUCCUGUCUCCUCGAUUACGACUCGUGCGUGUUCUGGGACGCCGACACGAUGGAGGUCGUGGACGCCACCAUGGCCAUGGCCGGGACCGAUCUUUGGGAGACGCGGGACGAGAAUCAGAGUGUCUGGCCCGUCAUCGCCCAGUGGGUGCUGGAGUUCGGCGUGGACAUCCUGGUCGGGGAUCGCCCGACCACCAAUGACAUGGUCAUCCCGAUGAGAUUCGCACCGGGCGGUGUGAUGUUGGCGGCCUCUGGGCCAGUCACGGUCCCUUCGGUGGGCAGUUCUUGA